GGGAGAGAGAUGCCAUCCAAAUUACCUACAGAAACAGCCAUCAGAGCUUCUCUCCUGGAUUGCUAGGGCACAGAAGAUCUUAUUUUGCUCCUACAACAUUUGUGCUUUCUUCCAGAACUGAAAUGUGCAGCAAUAGCAGUGAUUCUCUCCAUCAGUAACUGAUAUACCCGGACCUUCCACAGCCAGACAGAACAGAUAUAACGCUUUUAGGGUGGCUCCAGAAUACUCAGACUGUGUUUGACUACCACCCUUUUGGAUAAAUAUUUUGGGAUUCAGGAUGAAUAAGACAAGGGCUGUUAAUGAUGUUUUUCAUUUCCUGAGCAGCAAGAACUGGAGCUCAAGCCGAAGCUUUCCUAUGAACAUUUCUAAUCAGUGCAUGAACAUCACUGACCUUACUGUCUUUCUGGCCACCUCUUACAGCUUGGAGACUGUUCUGGGCAUUGUGGGAAACAUCUGUCUGAUUGCUGUCAUUGCCAGGCAGAAGGAAAAGGCCAAUGUCACCAAUAUCCUAAUUUCCAACUUAAUAAUUUCAGACUUGUUUAUGUGUCUUGUCUGCCUGCCUUUCACCGUUGUUUACACCAUGAUGGACUACUGGAUAUUUGGAGAAGUCAUGUGCAAAAUGACCUCUUUCACUCAGUGCACAACGGUAACAGUGUCAAUCCUUUCCCUUGUCCUUAUUGCUCUAGAAAGACACCAGCUCAUCAUAAACCCCACUGGCUGGAGGCCAAAUACCUCUCAAGCCUAUCUAGGAAUUGGAGUAAUUUGGACUUUAGCAUGUCUCAUGUCCCUACCCUUUCUGACCACAUCCGUGUUGUCUAAUGAGUUGUAUGAGCAGCUCUCACACUUCAUGAAUUUUUCCACUGAUAAGGCAAUAUGUAUCAACUCGUGGCCUUCUGAGCAGCACAAACUUAUCUACACUACCACUUUACUGCUCUUGCAGUAUUGCAUCCCUCUGUUCUUCAUUAUCCUUUGCUACCUGCGUAUCUACUUACGCCUGCAGAAGAGGAAGGACAUGUUCGAGAAGAGUGAGUACAGCAACCGAGCAGUCCAGCUGAGAAGGAUAAACAUUUUGUUAGCGUCCAUGGUUGCUGCUUUUGCUGUUUGCUGGCUACCACUGCAUGUUUUCAACACCAUCGUGGACUGGAAUUACAAAAUCAUUUCGCCUUGCCACCACAACCUGAUCUUCUCAUUGUGCCACCUGGUAGCUAUGGCUUCCACCUGUGUCAACCCUGUUAUCUAUGGUUUCCUAAACAGCAACUUCAAAAAAGAAGUGAAGUCACUGAUUCUGAGCUGCCAGCAUAAUUCAGUAACUGCCUCAACGGAAGAAUAUGAUCAUUUGCCUUUAUCCACCAUGCAGACCGAAAUUUCCAAAGGCUCUCUGAUGUUGAACUGCAGACACAAUUCUAUUUAACAAGCACAAAACAUUUCAGAAGGGUGCAGUGACACCCCACACCAGUUAUUACCUGUGGGUAUAUAAAGCAACUGGUGAUGCCACAGCUGGAAUUUGAAGAGGAACCCAUCACUAUCUGAUUUUUGGAAGAACAGGCAAAGUAAUGUUGCAAAUGUUUACAGUUGCUGCUGUGGUGCACAAGGUUUUCAUGUCAAUGAGGUGGUACUGACACUGAGGAGACUGGGCUGAUGUAUAAGCAGCUGCUCUAAGAUCAGUAACUAAGCUCUAAGUGGCUGCAGAGAGGCUGACAUAGGGUUAAUCAGCUAAGCUCAUAUCUCUACCAUGGCUGCAGUAGAAAACCAGAUUUCCAGUUUCAGUGAUGCAGGCUGCCAAAAGUUGUGUUGGAGAAGACUCUCUCAGUUUUUCAGUAUUAGAAAGAUUUUUAUGCACAGCUGACACACCAGUGGAACAGAGAUAUGUAAAUAUCUAAAUUUUUUUUUGCUUUACCACCUCUCACAGCCCAUCAAAUAACAGUAAUCUUUCAGCAGAUCUUCACAUAAAACAACUGCCUGUUUCUAUGAAACUUCACUCUCUGCCAUAGGCUUGAGAAUAGUCAUUGCCUCUGCAAGUAGGGACAAAGAACAAGGACCCUGGUAUGUAAAAAGACAGUCACUUAUGAGGGAUGGCAGUAAAUGAAAAUGUUAUUCAGUGGAUUAAACUCAAAAUGCAUUGAGAUGAUACUGAGAACUAUUUUUAAGCACAUAAAAACAGUUGUAGAUCUACAUGGAAAUGAGUCUUGUUGAAUUUGUCGUUCCCACUGCUGUCAUUACAAAGCUCUGCAAUGCUGAAACUUCAUGCCAUGAUGGUACAAGAUGGCCAGAUUACAGGAGUUGUUCCAGGACUUGGUAGCAACAUGUCAUUCUGCUUCAGCAUCUUCUUGGUACUUUAACUGCAAAGUAUCUAAUUCAGAAGGUCAGAAUGAGCAUGAAAACCUGUUUGUGGAAAUCAUGUGUUUCCAGAGUGGAUAUACUUCCAAAGAAAUAAGCAUAUGCAUGGAGGAUUUCAGUUUUCUUAAAAAAUAAAACCAGAUGUCAGGUAUCAGUCCCACUGGCUGACAUCAGCAACAGAGCUGAAAUUCCAACAAAACACUACAAGGUCAAUCAAAACACACAGGUGGAAUCCAGGUCAGGCUGAAGCCAAGCUGCAUGUAAAUAGGUAGUACUGUCAAUUGCUCUACUAAGAUGAGAGUCGUAUUUUUUCACGUGUGUUAUUUGUAGCCUUUGUUCAUGAAACCUACAAACUACAAACUCAUUUUAACCUCUGGAGCCAGAGAAAUUGCUCAGUGACUACUGAGAAACCAAGGCAUUCCCAAGAAGGCCAUACUGAGGUAUAGAUUAAAAAAAAAACCAGGUAGCAAAUGCAAAAAGGAGACCAACCAGUUCAAUGCUAAUGAAAUACUGAAGUGUAUUCUGUCCUGAUUUGUUAAACUAACCUUAGCAGAAGACUGGACUUGGUGGUCACCUGAGGUAAUUUCCAACAUGAAUUGCGCUAUGAGAAGCGGUGGUUACUUGUUGCAGUCAGUGGGUUUGCAUGGAGUUGAAGAUAUCCAGUGUAUAGUUAUGCAAACAACUAGAAAUUCCUUAGCUGGCAGAUCUCUGGUUAGACAAAUUGGUAUAAAGUUAGGUGAAGAAAAGACUUCUCCCCAUGCUGUGAACUGACAGGAUGCUGAACGGAGUAUCUGAGCACAAGAGCUAAACUCUAUGCUAUAAGGCAGCAAGAGCUAUCAGUAAGUACGAGAUCAUAUCCCCAGCUGGCAGAAAUAAGAGUUAACCCCUUGCCAUGAGCUGUGUGCACAGAUUUCAGUGGUAAAACUUGAAGUUCGGCCUUGAAUUCUUGUGUGCAGAAUCCUGAGGCAGAAGCUUUUUUGAUGCAGCCACCCUUGUAAUUCUGGCCAGAACCUGUAUAUCUUAGUAAGAGACUUCGUGUGUGGUUACCUUUUGUAUCUUCCUCAACUAUGUGGCAAGACAUUUUUGCUUUUUUCAAAUGGACUUCUGCUUUCUUUUUUUUCCCUUUGUUACUUGCCAUGCUAUGAUGAGAACUUGUUUCUCUUGAUUAGUUUUCAUGCAAUGUGAUUUCUAGACUGGACAUUGAAUCUACUAGAAACACAGAACAGGAGGACUCUCAUUUUAUCUUAGAUACAUCUUAAAACUUGCUACUGUAGCCAAAACCUCCAUGGGAUGCUGAGUAGCACAAAACACAGCUUCUCUGUGGUUAUAUCAAAACUGUGCUAUAUUACUUCAGGGUUUAAAUAUUGUUUCAACUUUGUCAUUGUUUUGUAUUUAGAAUCAAUUUAAGUAAUUGAGUAAUUCUGUCUGUUUUUUGCACUGUUAGAAUGUCAGCAUUUAACUAGCUGUGUGUCAAGCUAUUGUAAGAAUACUCUGCUAAACACAAACACAGAAAAUUACCUGAUAUUUGGUCUUAAGUACAUAACUUUUCAAGCACCAGUGUCUUAAAUGGAAAUAUAAUUACCUUUAGGAUUUGUACUUCCAUGAACCUGUCUUUGUCACUAGUUCUGAGUGAAAAUUUUUAGUAAAGCUAUUACAGUUCAUCAGAGACCUGCCACUCGAGCUACGCACUGGCACUGUGUGUCAGAUCUGAGUUCUUCCUGCAAAGGGUAGAAAUACGAGCAAGAUCUGGCACUCUGUUUAACUGUAAUUCACGUGGCCAUUUGUUUCCAUGAACACAAGUAGAUACAUAAAGCAAGCAGAUCCAACUUUACACUAACAUAGAGAAGCAGAAAUGGAUGUUAUCUUCCUCUCAUGAUUAAAGGAAGUGUCAAGUUUGGAGUAAACUACUGUUUAUGGCUAACUGACUUUGGACUGGAUAAAUUAUAGGAUUUAAACACUAAAAGCCACCAAAUUUCACCCAUACAUCUAACUGCAAAAAUGCAGAUCCUCAGAACUCCCAGCCAGCUGCAGUCUAUCCAUCUACUUACAUACCAUCCUGAGACACGUGUUUUUCAACCUCUAAAAUUUCCUAAGUAAUAAAUAAACUUUAAAGUAAACCCAGAAAAACAAAUAUAUCCAGGUACCAAAGGACUGAAUAUGUAACAGGAAAGGUGCCUGUACCACUUCCUCAUUCUGUGCAUACACCAAGGCUUCUGCUGCUAUACCCAAAUGCAGUAGAGGAUAUUACCCUCUUAGGUUUUAAGAACUGCUGUAGCAACUGUUCCCCAUUCCUUUUGAAGGCAAAGUCACAAGGCUGGGUGCAAUUAUGCCUGCAUGGUUGAAAGAGCCAUUUUAUUUGUCACUUUGAGGCUUUAUGCAGCCAAGGGAGGCUAGGUUUCUUUGGUCCCAGCAGAAGGUAACAGAACAGAAACAGUUUACAUACGUCUUAUCCAUAUGUAAAUCGCAUAUAGUGUUCAUAUGUAAGAAGCAUUGAGCAUUUUUGUGUUCAUUGUACACAGUGAUGGUUUUGGGUAUACUCUUUAAAGUUCUGCUACUGAGUCACAAAAGCAAUGUUGAAGAAAUAGGCAAGAGUUGUGCAAAUCAUGAGUUCACACAGUUUUAAGACCUUACAUUGCCUUUUUCUAAAAAAGUGCUUCAUAAUCUUGCCUCCUGUGACACAUUAUAAGAAGACAGUAAGGUUUUCAGAGCAAGAGAACAACUUAUUUCUGUGAUAUAAGUAGCACACUGCAGGGAGUCUUAAAAUAACAAAUAAAGUAAUACUGUCUGUGUCA